AUGGCAGCUCCAAGCACCUUUGGGGAGCUGGGUCUCUCCAUCAUCGGUCUUGGCGCCCAGUACCCUCCCUACUCCCUCGAUGCCAGCUCCGUCGAUACUCUCAGCAAGAGGUUCUAUCCAGACACACCUGCCAUGAAAAAAGUACUCUCAAUUAACCAGUUCACUGGCAUUGAAUCCCGAUCCUCUGUCGGCACUCCCGACCACCCUCUCGUGAACCAGAAAAAUGCGCCUUCAAUAACUGAGAUCCAUCGCAUGUUUCUCAACGACGGCGUUCCCCUGGCUGUUCAGGCAGCUCGAAAGGCCAUUGCCGAGGCCAAGGUUGAUCUUCGCCACAUCACUCAUAUCGUCUCCACAACUUGUACCGACAGCGCAAACCCAGGCUUCGACCACUAUGUGGCAAAAGGCCUCGGCAUCACUCAUCAGGUCGAGAAAGUGUUGUUGCACGGAGUAGGGUGUAGUGGUGGUCUAGCAGCCCUCAGGACAGGCGCGAACCUCGCGUUGGGACACAGGGCGAGAGGCCGACCUGCUCGAGUACUAUGCGUGGCUCUCGAAGUCAGUACCAUUAUGGUACGGAGUGAGCUAGAUAGCAUCAACGAGCUUCAGGAAACGAGGAUAGGCGCUUGCCUCUUCUCAGACUGCGCGAGUGCUAUUGUGCUGAGCAAUGGCAUUGGAGAGCCCGCAGAGCCUAUUUAUGAGCUUCUCGGAUGGGAUCACAGGAUAAUACCUGACACGGAGGAGGACCUGGGAUUCGAUGUUGAUCCUCUUGGCUGGAAAGUUGUGCUCACCCCACGAGUACCGAAGCUCACUUGCGCUUCUGUGUCGCCCGCAUUCAAUGACCUCAAGGCUUUGCUACCUGACCUUCCCCUCAACUACCAAGAGGCUGCCGACUUCGACUGGGCCAUGCAUCCGGGUGGUGCGACAAUUCUCUCCGGUGCUGAACGAGCGAUGAAUAUUUCCGCAGAACACAUGCGAGCCAGCUACGACACGUACAUCAACCACGGAAAUUCGAGCUCAGCCACCAUAUACAGCGUCAUGGACCGCCUACGCUCGAAAGACAUGGAUGCCAUGGCGCCUGACGGUCGAAUCCGCGAAUAUGUUGUUGGUUGCGCUUUCGGGCCCGGCAUCGCGGUCGAGAUGUGUAUGCUCAAGCGGAAUAUGAGCUACGGUACUCAAGUGAGCGGAUUGCAAACACCGCCCGAGACGGAGAGCGAGUCUAGCGAGACGGACGAAACGAGUGACGUUGGGGACAGCGAGGGGGACGGCGAGUGGGCCGGCGGGAGCGGGGCUCCGACCGGGAAGGAUUCGGCGGGGGUGGAGUUGCGGGAACGGGAUGCGGCCUUUGUGGCCGGGGUUCUGGAGCAUUUAGAUCUUGAUUAG